CCAUGGCCAAAACUAAUUUUCGUCGAAGUGGUCCCGCGGGCUUGUUCUCCUUCUUCUUCUCCAAGGCAACCUAGCUUCUUCUUCAAGGCAACCUAGCUUCUUCUUCUGCUUCGUGUGUGUUCCCGCUUCUUAUCCAAGGCAACGUGGUGAGGGAGAGACAACAAUGGAAUGCGUUUUUGGACUCGUAGGCGAUGGGUUUGCUUUGAUAGCUGCUGAUACAUCAGCAGUUCAUAGUAUUUUAGUUCAUAAGCAAAAUGAGGACAAGAUUAUGAUCCUUGACGCCCAUAAGCUUAUGGGGGCGAGUGGAGAGAGUGGAGAUAGAGUCCAAUUCACUGAAUACAUUCAGAAGAAUGUUCAUCUUUAUCAAUUUCGCAAUGGGAUCCCCCUGACUACUGCAGCCACUGCUAACUUCACUCGUGGUGAGCUCGCCACUGCCUUGAGGAAGAACCCUUACUUUGUGAACAUCCUCCUAGCUGGCUAUGACAAAGAGACGGGUCCAUCUCUCUACUUCAUUGACUACAUAGCUACCCUCCACAAAGUUGAUAAGGGGGCAUUUGGAUACGGAUCUUACUUUUCUCUGGCAAUGAUGGAUCGUCACUAUCACAGGGGCAUGUCCUUGGAAAAGGCUGUGGACCUAGUCGACAAAUGCAUAGUGGAGAUUCGGUCCAGACUUGUAGUGGCUCCCCCCAAUUUUGUCAUUAAAAUCGUGGACAAAGAUGGAGCGAGAGAGUAUGCAUGGCGGGAAACCGUGAAAGAUGCAGGUGCCCCGCUUCCCUCUUCUUAAAGACUAACAUGAUAUCUAGGUUCAUUUCGCACUCUUAAAAACAAGAGGAUGUAUGUUUGAAUUGUGCUCUUGUUUUGGAUAGAAUGGGAUUUAUAAAAUUUCAGUUUGAUUGCUUAGAA